UGGCCAGUAUAUGGACCAUUUAUAUAAUCCAUCUGCCUCUUCCUAAGAAUUGCUCCUGUCAUUGCCCUUCUCCCAAGGACAUACUGCCAGCAAAACCAUGUGCAACAAAUUUGUGGGAAGCUGGAAACUCAUCUCUAGUGAAAAUUUUGAUGAUUACAUGAAAGAAUUGGGAGUGGGAUUGGCCACCAGGAAACUUGGCAACUUGGCAAAACCUAAGAUCAUCAUCAGCAUGAAGGGUGAUGAGAUCACAAUCAAAACGGAAAGCAUCUUUAAAAAUACACAGAUCACAUUUAAGCUGGGUCAGGAAUUUCAAGAAACCACAGCAGAUGGCAGAAAAACCAAGACUAUUGUAACCUUAGAAAAAGGUGCACUGGUUCAAGUGCAGAAAUGGAAUGGCAAGGAAUCAACAAUAAGGAGGAAACUAAUUGAUGGGAGGAUGGUGGUGGAAUGCAUCAUGAAAGGCACCAUGUGUACAAGAGUCUAUGAGAAGAUGUGACAAAACUCCAAGUUUGUAACAGAUGGAACCGAGUUCUUCAGUCCAAAUCAUUUCCUUGAGUGGGUGGGGAAUGACCAUUUCUGUUCACCUUUUUCAUUUUUGCCUUUUACUGAAGAGCAACUAAACUAUAAGCAUUCAUUUUUUUAAAAAGCAUUGAGAAAGUAGAUCACAUCUGUGACUAAAUAAAUGCUUACCAUUGUAUAAAUGUGUUAUUUUAGUUAGAUGAUAUGGUUGCAUCUGGCCUUCCUGAGCACACUGUUAAUGGGUUGUUUUCAUUCCACAGUGAUGCACUCUCACACUAGUGAAUCUAUGUCACUUUACACAGAAACAGGAAUAUUCAUAUUUUCUUUAAAUGACACAUUAUACAACCCAGACGUGCUAACCUGUGGUCCUUGGCAAUAUAAAAAAAAAAAUUCACCUGUUAAUGAAAGGCAAGAGUUUAUUUAUGUUCUAUUACAAGCUGUGCUGUGAAACUGAGAUCUCAUCUUAGGCCAAAGCAGUUCUCAGCUUACUUUAACAUCAUCUGAAAGCACGUCACACUUUUUGAAUCACUUCCCUGACCAUCUGCUUCAUAGCAGAAAGGGAAGUGAGUGUCAGCAAGAAAGAAAAUAAAAAGCUUCACACUCUUUGGCCCCUGGUCCUGCCCACUGAUUCUUUCAGCGCCAUUCAACAUCGGCAGCAGGUCCCCAGCAGGGAGAUCCUGUGUUAAAAAAAUCAACAUGGCAGCUGUGGCUAUGGCCACCAUUUUGACUUUUUUGAUCCCCCCAUUCAGAUGCCUCUGUCUCAAGCCAGUUUAAUUUUCUUUAGCUUGGUAUCUUCCUGAUGUGUUGGAAUAAAAUCCACAGAUUUCAACUGAUGUUACCUCCAAUAUCUCUGGAAGUCAGCAGGUUAAAGUAGUCUACUUUAGGGAUUAUAAUGUUCAAUGGUAAAAAGUUUUCUUACACCAGAUCAGAGGUGAUGUUUUUCCUCUCAGAACUCAACCCAUACACGAAGAGGUGUUUAGUUCUGCUACUCAUAGCCUUAAAAAGGUUUAUUUCAUUAUGUUGGUUCAUACCUGAAUUACUGGCCUAAUGUGUUUUAUUAAGAGAGAAAAAAAUGUAGCUGUGCAGCUCUGCAACAGAUCUGCCUGGCACAUUCUCUAUAGGAAAAUAGCCAUUAGCAGCUGUGUCAUGGGACUUAAGAGUUUUUCCAGAACAGGAAAAGUGCAACUGAGCUGAUAGUACAG